ACGGAUAAUUGGAGCUCUUUUGCUACCUCUGGACUGACGAUUGACGAUACUCUUGUCAUCAAUCCGUACCUUCUUCCUGAUCCCAUCUCCGCUCUUUUUUCUUUCAGUGUGUUUUAAUUGAGUACAUUCCCAUCUUCGGGUCUUCACAUCAAAAUGGCUUCGGCUUUGAGAACGCUGGCGCCUUUCCUGCGCGCCUCGCGCCAAACCCUCAGAACUGGCAGCGCUGCCAACCCUCUGCAGUACUCCUUGAAAUCGCAAAAUGUCUCGGCAGCUCUCAACAUCUACCGAUCAUAUGCAGUAUACGAGCGAUCAAAGCCUCACGUAAACAUCGGCACCAUUGGCCACGUCGAUCACGGAAAGACCACUCUGUCGGCAGCCAUCACCAAGCGUCAGGCCGAGAAGGGCCUGGCCAACUUCCUCGAGUAUGGAGCCAUUGACAAGGCCCCGGAAGAGCGAAAGCGUGGUAUCACCAUUUCUACUGCCCACAUCGAGUACGCUACCGAGAACCGCCACUACUCCCACGUCGACUGUCCCGGUCACGCCGAUUACAUCAAGAACAUGAUCACUGGUGCUGCCAACAUGGACGGUGCCAUCAUCGUCGUUGCCGCUUCCGAUGGCCAGAUGCCCCAGACCCGUGAACACUUGCUGCUCGCCCGCCAGGUCGGUAUCCAGAAGUGUGUCGUUUUCGUCAACAAGGUCGAUGCCAUCGACGACCCCGAGAUGUUGGAGCUCGUCGAGAUGGAGAUGCGCGAGCUCCUCACCCACUACGGUUUCGAGGGUGACGACACCCCCGUCAUUAUGGGUUCCGCUCUUAUGGCCAUGGAAGGCAAGCGACCCGAGAUUGGUCAGGAGAAGAUUGACGAGCUCAUGGCCGCCGUCGACUCCUGGAUCCCUACCCCUGAGCGUGACCUCGACAAGCCCUUCUUGAUGUCCGUCGAGGAUGUCUUCUCCAUUGCUGGCCGAGGCACCGUCGCCUCCGGCCGUGUCGAGCGUGGUGUCCUCAGGAAGGAUUCCGAGGUCGAGCUGGUCGGAAAGGGUGGCGAGAUCAUCAAGACCAAGGUCACCGACAUCGAGACCUUCAAGAAGUCCUGUGACGAGUCCCGCGCUGGUGACAACUCCGGUCUCCUCCUCCGCGGUAUCCGCCGUGAGGAUGUCAGACGUGGAAUGGUCAUUGUCAAGCCCGGCACUGUCAAGGCACACACCAAGUUCAUGAUCUCCCUCUACGUCCUCACCAAGGAUGAGGGUGGUCGCCACACUGGUUUCCACGAGAACUACCGCCCUCAGAUGUUCUUGCGUACUGCCGACGAGUCCUGCGCCCUCUUCUUCCCCGAGGAUGUCGAGGAUAAGAGCCGCAUGAUCAUGCCCGGUGACAACGUCGAGAUGGUUGCCCACCUGCACCACCCCAUCGCUAUCGAGGCUGGUCAGCGUGUCAACGUUCGUGAGGGUGGCCGCACCGUCGCCACUGGUAUCAUUACCCGUAUCAUCACAUAAAAGGCUCACAAAGAGAAAGCCAACAACUAAUGUGUACGAGGGAUAGAGAGACACGUCAUCAUGGAAAAGGAGUUAUUGAGAGAUCUGUAAAUGGUUGAUAUGAUGUACAAUACUUGUUUUUCGGAGCCAUGUACGUUCGGAUUUUACAGGCCCGUUUGCCUUCUUCGGUUUCGAAGGCUCCUCCUCCCUCCAUCUCCCCUCUAAUCACUUCCAUCUUGUCUUAACUCAUGUAAUAUAGAUUUGUAUGAGGCAAGGUAGCAAAAAUGAAGAAACCAAGAUCAAACACUCA